AUGGAUGUGCCUCUACACACGAUAUUUCCUCGACAGGGGGACGAUGGGCAUGCCCGCGGCCGGCAAGCGUUGGUGGUGACGGCAGCGCUGACUGCCAUUGCCGCGGCGAUAGUAGGCAUGCGGCUCUUUGCCAGAGCGGGCCUGAUGAAAAUCAUGGGCCGCGAAGACUGGGCCAUUCUGGUUUCUCUGACCUUUUCGAUCAUUUAUCUCGCGCUUGUUGCUGCGCAAUUACAUUUCGGCAUGGGCACACAUUCAGCAGAUCUGCCCGCAGCUAUGCUACAAGCGCAACUCAAAUGCCUCUGGGCCGCAAUCCCAAUGUACAACGCCAGCCUAGCGUGCACAAAAUUCUCCAUCCUCUUCCAAUACCUCCGCAUCUUCCCCCUAUACCCCUUCCGACUAAUUUGCUACAUCAUGAUGGGGAUAGUAGCCACCUACUCCUCGUGGGCCAUUGUGAGCGGAUAUCUGAACUGCAUGCCAGUGGCAAAAUUCUGGAAUCAUGAUCUGCCGGGCCACUGUCUCAACUUUGAGGCGAUUUGGUUCUUCAAUGCCGCGAUGAAUAUCAUCACGGAUUUGACGCUGCUUGGUAUGCCCAUGCCGAUGCUCUCGCAGCUGCAGCUGCCGCGUAUGCAGAAGAUUGCGUUGAUUGGUGUUUUUGCUAUUGGUAUUUUGGUUGUUAUCACGAGUAUUCUGCGUCUAUCGAGUCUACGCAUUGUUGCCCAAAGCACCGAUACUUCCUAUAGCAACGUCGACGCAGCCUACUGGACUGCUGCAGAAUGCAACGUCGCCAUAAUUUGCGCCUCACUCCCCUUCCUUCGUCCACUGAUCGGCCGCCUCUUCCCGAGACUGCUCUCUAGCCAUAAUCGCACAGGCUACGGCCGCACACCUAUGGGCAGAAACAUCAGCCUGAUGACGCCCUCUCCAACUUCACCUACUUUCGCCGUUGCCGCGCAGCGCCUGGGAUCUGAGCUGUUUGAUGAUAGAGAGGAGAAUGAUGGAUAUUCGAUCAACGUGAGGCAUGGGAAGGGGGAUACCCCCAGCUCAUCGCUUAAUGGGAUCGAGGCCACGACUGAGAUGAUUCUUAUUCAGGGUGCUAAUGGGAGGAUUGAGCAGGUGGUAACA